CGGAGCCGCGGGGGCGCCAGUGCCGCGAGUCGAGCGGGAGGAGAGGAGGCGAGGGAGGAGGGCCAGAGAGGCAGCUGAAAGAUGGCGGACGAGGCGGCGCUCGUCUUUCAGCCCGGCGGCUCCCCCCCGGCAGUGAUGGCUGAGAGGGAGGCCCCGUCACCGCCUGCUGGGGAGCCGCUCCGCAAGAGGCCGCGGAGAGACGGCCCCGGCGUCGGGCGGAGCCCGGGCGAGCCCGGCGGGGCGGCCCCCGAGCGUGAGCUGCCGGCGGCGGCCGGCGGUUGCCCGGCGGCGGCGCUGCGGCGGGAGGCCCAGGCGGCGGCGGCCGGAGAAGGAGACAAUGGGCCGGGCUUACAGGGCCUAUCCCGGGAGGCGCCGCCGGCCGACGACUUCUACGACGACGACGACGACGAGGGCGAGGAGGAGGAAGAGGCGGCGGCGGCUAUUGGGUACCGAGAUAACCUUCUGUUUGGUGAUGAAAUCAUCACCAACGGUUUCCAUUCGUGUGAAAGUGAUGAGGAUGAUAGAGCCUCACAUGCGAGUUCUAGUGACUGGACUCCAAGACCACGGAUAGGUCCAUAUACUUUUGUUCAGCAACAUCUCAUGAUUGGCACGGAUCCUCGAACGAUUCUUAAAGAUUUACUACCAGAAACAAUUCCUCCACCUGAAUUGGAUGAUAUGACACUGUGGCAGAUUGUUAUUAAUAUCCUUUCAGAACCACCAAAAAGGAAAAAAAGAAAAGAUAUUAAUACAAUUGAAGAUGCUGUGAAAUUACUGCAAGAGUGCAAAAAAAUAAUAGUUCUAACUGGAGCUGGGGUUUCUGUUUCUUGUGGAAUACCUGACUUCAGGUCAAGAGAUGGUAUUUAUGCUCGCCUUGCAGUAGACUUCCCAGACCUUCCAGAUCCUCAAGCAAUGUUUGACAUUGAAUAUUUCAGAAAAGAUCCAAGACCAUUCUUCAAGUUUGCAAAGGAAAUAUAUCCUGGACAAUUCCAACCAUCUCUAUGUCACAAAUUCAUAGCCUUGUCAGAUAAUGAAGGAAAACUACUUCGCAACUAUACUCAAAACAUAGAUACACUGGAACAGGUUGCAGGAAUCCAAAGGAUAAUUCAGUGUCAUGGUUCCUUUGCAACAGCAUCUUGCCUGAUUUGUAAAUAUAAAGUUGACUGUGAAGCUGUACGAGGAGAUAUUUUUAAUCAGGUGGUUCCUCGAUGUCCUAGGUGCCCAGCUGAUGAACCACUUGCUAUCAUGAAACCAGAGAUUGUCUUUUUUGGUGAAAAUUUACCAGAACAGUUUCAUAGAGCCAUGAAGUAUGACAAAGAUGAAGUUGAUCUUCUCAUUGUUAUUGGGUCUUCCCUGAAAGUAAGACCAGUAGCACUAAUUCCGAGUUCCAUACCCCAUGAAGUGCCUCAGAUAUUAAUUAAUAGGGAACCUUUGCCUCACCUGCAUUUUGAUGUAGAGCUUCUUGGAGACUGUGAUGUCAUUAUUAAUGAACUGUGUCACAGGUUAGGUGGUGAAUACGCCAAACUUUGCUGCAACCCUGUAAAGCUUUCAGAAAUUACUGAAAAACCUCCACGAACACAAAAAGAAUUGGCUCAUUUGUCAGAGUUGCCACCCACACCCCUCAAUAUUUCAGAAGGCUCGAGUUCACCAGAAGGAACCUCACCAGCAGAUUCUUCAGUGAUUGUCACUCUUUUAGACCAAGAAACAAAGAGUAAUGGUGAUGAUCCAGAUGUGUCUGACUCAAAAAACUGUGUGGAAGAAAAAUCACAGGAAGUACAGACUUCUGCUAGGAGCAUUGAAAGUGUUAAUGAACAGUUGGAGAGUCCGGAUUUGAAGAAUGUUGCCUCCAAUACUGGGGAGAAAAAUGAAAGAACUUCAGUUGCUGAAACAGUGAGAAAAUGCUGGCCAGCUAGACUCGCAAAGGAGCAGAUUAGUAAACGGCUUGAUGGUAAUCAAUAUCUGUUUUUACCACCAAACCGUUAUAUUUUCCAUGGUGCUGAGGUAUAUUCAGACUCUGAAGACGAUGUCUUAUCCUCUAGUUCUUGUGGCAGUAACAGUGAUAGUGGAACAUGCCAGAGUCCAAGUUUAGAAGAACCUAUGGAGGAUGAAAGUGAGAUUGAAGAAUUUUACAAUGGUUUGGAAGAUGAUGCUGAUGUUAAUGAGAGAGCCGGAGGAACUGGAUUUGGAGCUGAUGGAGGUGAUCAAGAGGCAGUUAAUGAAGCUACAUCUAUGAAACAGGAAGCAACAUGCAUUAACUAUCCAUCAAACAAAUCAUAAUGUAAUAUUUGUCCAGGUACAGGAAUUGUUCCACCAGCAUUAGGAUCUUGAGCAUGUCACAUUGAAUGUUUACUUGUGAACUCAGUAGAGCAAGGACACCAGAAAGGUAUAAUAUUUAUAGACUGGUAAAACAGUUUUUUUUCCCCAUGGGUAAUUUUUAACUUACUUAUUUCUGUGCUUAUACACUCAAACACUAACUCUUUUUUUAAAACAGAAAGGUACCUAAGUAUCUUUAAUCAGCUGUUGGACAAGACUUUCUUUUAAAGGUUCAUUUGUACAAUACAUCCAUAUGUGUAUAUAUAAUUUUGUUUUUGCCUAACGAGGUUCAACAUUUUAAAUUUUUCAAAAAGCCAUUGGAAUGUUAAAUUAAUGUAAAGGGAACAGCUAAUCUAGACCAAAGAAUGGUAUUUUCACUUUUCUUUGUAACACUGAAUGGUUUGAAAUCCUCAUUCUCUGUUCCACUAAACUUUUGAUUCUUUAUUAGCACAAUUACCUAUUUUCAAACACUGGCAUUUUCCAAAACUUGUGGCAGCUAACUUUUAAAAUAUCUCAUGACAUGCAAUCUGAGUAGAAGGAAGUCAACAAUACGUGGGAGAGCACUCAGUUGUCUUUGCUUUUUAAAGUGAGACUUGGUGCUAACGGUUUCAGGAAUAUUGUAUUUGUUCAAAUGAAGAUGGCUUUUGUACUUCCUGUGGACAUGUAGUAAUGUCUAUAUUGGCUCAUAAAACUAACCUAAAAAACAAAUAAAUGCUUUGGAAAUGUUUCAAUUGCUUUAGAAACAAUAGUGCCUGCCUGGGUCCCCUUAGUUUUGGGAAUAUUUGCCAUUGUUGUUUAAAUAUACCUAUCAUCAAUCAUCCUUUCCGUAAGUAUUAAACUGCCAAGAUGUGAAUUUGCAAAGCCUUUACGAAUCAAUAAUAAUGGUACUUCAACUGGCGGGGAGAGUGUAGUAUUUUGGACGGUUGCCUCUCCCCCUGUCCCCCAUUAGUGAGAGCAGCAGACCCCCUGAUUACAGUUUCAAAGCCAGUAAGUACAUGUUUCCUGUUGGGAGGAUUUGGUGUAAUAAACACCAAACUACUAGUCUAGUAUUAUGGAGAUGAGCGUUGUGUAACUUGUAAUAGCAGAAUAGUUAAACUAGUUCUUAUAACGUAUUUAAAAGCUUAGCCUGCCUUAAAACUACAGAUCAACUUUUUCAGCUGCAGAAGCUUCUAGCCUUUCAAAAAAGUUCAUACUGGGCUUCCCUGGUGGCGCAGUGGUUGAGAGUCGGCCUGAUGAUGCAGGGGACACGGGUUCGUGCCCCGGUCCGGGAAGAUCCCACAUGUUGCAGAGCGGCUAGGCCCGUGAGCCAUGGCUGCUGAGCCUGCGCGUCCGGAGCCUGUGCUCCGCAACAGGAGAGGCCACAACAGUGAGAGGCCCACGUACCGCAAAAAAAAAAGAAAAAAAAAAAAGUUCAUACUUUAUAAAAUUGCACAGUAAGAAUUUAUUUUGCAGACCUUUCCCCCAACAUUGCUUUCAAAUAAAGUAUUCCUGUGUUGCUUUAGUAUUUAUUACAACUUAACAAAAAGGGUUUGAAAUAGAGCUGUUCUUUAAGCAUAAAAUACCCAGCUAGGACUGUUACUGCCAGAGAAAAAGAAUUUUAUUGAAUUGCCAUUUCCCUACCUGAAAGAUGUCUCAAUCUGAAUUUAUCUGACUACACUAAAGAAUGCAGUAUAUUUAGUUUGCCAUUUGCAUGAUCUGUGUUUGUGCUAUAGAUAUUUUAAAUUGAAAAAUUUGUUUUAACUUAUUUUUACAGUGAAGACUGUUUUCAGCUCUUUUUAUAUUGUACAUAGUCUUUUAUGUAAUCUACUGGCAUAUGUUUUG